AUGUCACCAAUUAAACAAGAAGAAAAACUUGAAACUAAAUUCUCUCCAAUUCAAUUCAAUUCUGAUAAAAUCAGAAGUGAUGGAGAUAAUUUAUAUACUAAAUUCACUUAUGAAAAUUCCAUUGUUGAAACUGAUGCUAAUGGUAAAUAUACCGUUACUCCAACCAAUGUUGAUUAUGAAUUUAAAUUAGAUUUAAAAGUUCCAAAAACUGGGUUAUUAUUAGUUGGUUUAGGUGGUAAUAAUGGUUCUACUUUAGUUUCUGCCGUUACUGCCAAUAAACAUAAUAUUAGUUUCCAAAAUAAAGAAGGUGUUGUCAAACCAAAUUAUUAUGGUUCAGUUACUCAAUCUUCAACUAUUAAAAUUGGUAUUGAUAAGGAUACUGGUAAAGAUAUUUAUGCUCCAUUUAAUAAUAUUGUUCCAUUAGUUAAUCCAAAUGAUUUAGUUGUUAGUGGUUGGGAUAUUAAUUCAUCAAGUUUAGAUGAAGCUAUGGAAAGAGCCAAAGUUUUAGAUUAUGAUUUACAACGUCAAUUAAAACCAUAUUUAUCAGAAUAUAAACCAUUAAAAUCAGUUUAUUAUCCAGAUUUCAUUGCUUUAAAUCAAAAGGAAAGAGCUGAUAAUAUCUUUAAUGUUGAUAAAGAAGGUAAUGUUGUUACUAAUGAUAAAUGGGCUGAUGUUGAAAGAAUCAGAAAAGAUAUUAGAGAUUUCAAAUCUGCUAAUGAUUUAGAUAAAGUUAUUGUAUUAUGGAGUGCUAAUACUGAAAGAUAUGCUGAUGUUUUAGCUAAUGUUAAUGAUAAUAGUGAAAAUUUGUUGAAAUCGAUUAAAGAAAAUCAUGAAGAAAUUGCUCCAUCUACUAUUUUCGCUGUGGCUUCAAUUUUAGAAAAUGUUCCAUAUAUUAAUGGUUCUCCUCAAAAUACUUUUGUUCCAGGUGUAAUUGAAUUAGCUGAAAAAUAUAAUUCUUUUAUUGGUGGUGAUGAUUUCAAGAGUGGUCAAACUAAGAUUAAAUCUGUUUUAGCUCAAUUUUUAGUUGAUGCUGGUAUUAGACCAAUUUCAAUUGCUUCUUAUAAUCAUUUAGGUAAUAAUGAUGGUUAUAAUUUAAGUGCCCCAAAACAAUUCCGUUCAAAGGAAAUUUCUAAACAAUCUGUGGUUGAUGAUAUGAUUGAAUCCAAUCAAAUUUUAUAUAAUAAAGAAAAUGGUACUACUGUUGAUCAUUGUAUUGUUAUUAAAUAUGUUCCAGCCGUUGGAGAUUCUAAAGUUGCUAUGGAUGAAUAUUAUUCUGAAUUAAUGUUAGGUGGUCAUAAUAAAAUCAGUAUUCAUAAUGUUUGUGAAGAUUCAUUAUUAGCUACUCCAUUAAUUAUUGAUUUAGUAAUUGUUACUGAAUUUUUACAAAGAAUUCAAUAUAAGAAAAUUGAAGAAAGUGAUGAAAAAUAUCAAGAUUUCUAUGCUGUUUUAACUUUAUUAAGUUAUUGGUUGAAAGCUCCAUUAUCCAAACCAGGAUAUCAAGCUAUCAAUGGAUUAAAUAAACAAAGACAAGCUUUAGAAAACUUGUUAAGAUUAUUGGUUGGAUUACCUGUGAAUAAUGAAUUAAGAUUUGAAGAAAGAUUAUUAGUUUAG